AUGGUAAAGAAUCUACAAAAGUACAAUUUUCGGGAGAAGAGAAGAUAUAUCGUUGAGAAACUUGGCCUUCUCAUUGUUUCUGCUCAAGAUGCAAUGUUGGAGAGGAGUUCUGCCUUUGAGCACCCAACUGCAACAAAAGCUCCAUCAUCAUCAAACUUCCACAGUGGCAGGCCAAAUGCAAUAAAGAACAUUCCUCAACAAGUCCGACUUUUCUCAUCACAAGAAGAGUUGACUAUAUUCUCAUCUAAUGAUGCUACACAGAUCCUAUAUACUUCCCGCAGAUUGUUCGCUCUAACAGCUUCCCAGAUGGUGGAGGACAACAGAUCCCCAGGACCUCUGCCUUCUCUAUUUACGAGCAGUUUCCUGACAUACUGGAUUUCUGAAACUAGUGAGUCUGUAUUACAACUUCGCAGUAGUGCAUGA